UUCACCGACUGGACGAAGUUCAAGGCCAACGGCGUGAACCUGGGCGGCUGGCUGGAGCAGGAACAGGUCUUCGACCAGGUGUGGUGGGACUCGUACGCGCCCAACGCGACCGACGAAUGGACCUUCUGCAAGACCCUGGGCUCGCAGUGCGGGCCUGUCCUCGAGGAGCGCUAUGCCACCUACAUCACCACCGACGACAUUGACCGCGUCGCCGCAGUCGGCGUCAACACCCUCCGCAUCCCAACCACCUACGCGGCCUGGAUCCAGGUCCCCGGCUCGCAGCUCUACCACGGCAACCAGCAGACCUACCUUCGCAACAUCGCGACCUACGCGAUCGAGAAAUACAGCAUGCGUGUGAUCAUCGGCCUGCACUCGCUUCCCGGCGGCGUGAACAGCCUGGACAUCGGCGAAGCCGCCGGGCACGACGGGUGGUUCUACAACACGACGAACCUGCAUUACAGCUACAGCGCGGUCACCGCGGUCCUGGACUUCAUCGCCAGCACGGGCACGAACGCCUGGGCGUUCACCCUGUCCCCGCUCAACGAGGCCUCGGACAACCCGGCGGGCUUCGCCAGCCCGGAGACGCUCACGGACAACGGCACCGCGUGGAUCGUGCAGUACACGAAGGGGGUGCUGGAGCGGAUCGCGGCCAGCGCCGUGCCGGACGUCCCCGUCAUGCUCCAGGACUGCUUCCUGGGCGAGGAGCACUGGUCCGGCUACUUCGACGUGACCGCCAACCUGGUCUUCGACACCCACGUCUACUACUUCGCGGCCUCCGGCGUGUACUCGCAGUGGGCGCAGGGCGCCAUCUGCGGCCAGGCCAGCGUGCUGGGCGGUGACGGCAAGUUCCCCGUCUUCGUGGGCGAGUGGGCCCUCCAGACCCUCUACAGCAACACCUACGCCAACCGCCGCACCCUGUUCGAGACCCAGCGAUACGCCUGGUCGUACUAUGUCCAGGGCGGCAGCUUCUGGAACAUCAAGCACAAAUCCACCGCCAAGGUCGAUGGGCAGGGCACCCAGCAGGAUUACUGGAGUUAUGAGCUGCUCUUGGAUGAGGGGGUCAUCGGGCCUAUCAAGAGCAAUGCUACUUACUGCUAG